AGGACUCAGCGAACUUCACCGACUCGCCGCACUUUGAAACACCGACAUGGAUGCACUCAAGUCGGCUGGGAGGGCUAUUAUCCGGAGCCCAAGUAUCGCGAAUCAGUCGUGGACUACCGGCAGACACAAAAAGCUUCCAGAGAACUGGACUGAUACACGGGAAACCAUCGUAGAGGGGAUGACCUUUAACCUUGGUCACCUUGGCAUGACUCUUGUGGACGAGCCCAAAGGAGCAGAGCUGUCAGCGGCUGCUGUAAAGAGAAUCACUACCAUGGCUAAAGCCAGUGGGAAGAAACCUCAGAAGGUUGCUCUGAAAAUUUCCCCUCAGGGAGUCAUGGUGUUUGACAGGUCCACCAACAAACUCCUGGAAAAUGUCUCCAUAUACAGAAUAUCCUACUGCACGGUGGACAAACUGCAUCGUAAAGUGUUUGCGUAUAUUGCUCAAAACACCCUGAAUGGGACCCUGGAGUGCCACGCCUACCUCUGCUCCAAGAGGAAAGUGGCUCAGGCAGUGGCUUUGACGGUAGCCCAGGCUUUCACUGUAGCAUUUGAGUUGUGGCAAGUGUCCAAAGAAGAGAAAGAGAAAAGAGUGAAGUCUGAUUCUGCAGGAGAGGCCAGCAGUAGCUCUCACUCAGAGAGGUCCAGCAGUUUGGGGAGUCUGAAAGGAACUGACCUUACCACAGAAAACCUGUUGGACUUGGAGAAUGGUGUGAACACGGUUCAGCUGGACAACCACAGACCCCCAGAGACCAACAACCCUGACUCGAAAGUAGACGACAGCUUGGAUGAAGCUUUUUCCAGACUGGCCGUGUCACGUACUAACCCCCAGGUCUUGGACGUUGGGUUGAUGCCUGAAGACUGGAUCAGUGAACCAGACUGGGACAGCAUCAGUGUUUCCACUAGUUUUAGCUCCUAUCUGGACCAUGUCUCAGGCUUUUGAUUGUCACUGCACAGCAGAGAGUGACACCAGCAACAAAAUACAAGCAAUGUGGUCGUCUUCCAUCAAAAAAACAUGACAGUUUAUAUUUAAUGAGACAGGAAAAAACUCACAAGGAAAUAAUUGUUGGACUCUGAAACCAAGUGGCUUGUAGCAUUUUUACCAGUUUUUAUUUUUGGAUGGAAACAGCUCAGCUUGCUGGUCCUACACACCAAAGCACAUCAUAUGUUGUAGUAAUAUUAAACAGAUAUUUUUCUCUGUUCAGACAUAGUAACAAAAAUGCUGAGGUAGUCAUUCUGUGCCACUGGGUGGCAAGAACAUCCACAUCGGCGUUGCCAGAUAUACAAUAAUUAUUGUAUUUAAUAAAUGUAUUUGGGCCUAUCCAUCCAUCCAUGAAAUUACCCUCUUCUUUGCAGUGGGACAAAUCCGCUGCUGUUUAACCCCGCCGGGAUUUGUCUGAUAAAAGAUGACCACAGUGAGGGAAAAAAAGCUAUGCAACAGCUUAGAAACGGAACUCCAUCCUGAGAGGCACUACACUGAUGUCUUCUUCUUCGUAUAUUUUAUUGGCAGUUAGCAAACAAUGGAGUGUGGGUCCGAAUGCUUAAUGUUUACUGUACUGUUUGUAUUGACUGGUAUUGACUGGUACUUAAAAUAAUUUUUUUAUAUUUUCUGACUCUUAUCUUUUGUUUAAUUCUUUUCCAUACUUAAUAAAAAAAUGUUUCUACAAUCAUA